AUGUCGUUUCGGGGCGACGAGCAACGCCGGUAUGGCCACAUUCCGCCAGUCCAGUACCCCAUCGCGAAUGAUCAGAUCCCGGGCAGCCCCAAUAGAAGGCUGAGCUUCAACAGCGGUGACGACGGAGCCGCCACACCUUACGCCGCAAGACCUGGGAGCCGAUCGGCGUACCAGCCCACAAUAAACACCAGGGGACUUGGCCAGGAGGAGCUCUUUCUUGCAAGCCCGACAGAGCCUGGCCAUUCUAGAUUGAAUUAUGGCUCGACCAACUCAGCAAUGUCGGGAUAUCAGCAUCAGUAUGCGGCUCAGACGCCACCAACGCCGUCAACAUACAACCCUCAGACCUUCGUCGGUCGAGCCCAGUCGCAGUCAUUGCCAUAUCACCCCCAUGCACACCCACCGCCGGCCCCGAGUCGCUAUGGCGCACAAAGCGCUGCUCCCUACAGUCCUACAUCAACCACGACACCAAGCUACACGCCCGCGCCGUACAACCCUGCCGCAUACACGAGUACAAGUCCCGCCAUCCCUCAAAGACAGUCGACGUACGCCGGCUCGGCAUACGGUAGCUACAAUAGCCAGAGCUAUUCGCCAACUCCUGCUAUGAAUCCUUCCAACUACGUGCAGUCGCAGCCCUCUUAUGCUUCACUGCCAGCGCAGGCCGCGCAGACCGCGUCGCCGCCUACCACGUAUCCUGCCUACGAUCAAAUUUCGCCGGGCUAUCCACCAUACGACGCGACGCAAUCACAGUAUCCUGCUCAGAAUGCCUAUCCUUCAAGUGCCACGAGCCCCCCCGGGACUUCGUAUUCGACAUCAUCUUCUCAAGCACCUUAUCCCAACUACUCAGACAUACCUGUAGGACCAAACUAUUCAGCCAACGACCCGCAUUCAUUUCUGAACAACCGUGCCUCGAGAUCUAGCUCUCAAGCUUCACCCCUCCCAUCUCCGCCCGUUCAAGGGCAGCCGCCUUCGCCGGGCCUGCAAAGGCACCCGACGAAUGCGCCAUUACCGAGCCGUCCUGCUGCCGAGAGUCCUUGGGAAGAGUCAAAUGGCACUCCUGAUGGCUCAUCAGAAUACAUGACACAGGACGAUAUCAUGAAGAGUAUAGAAGAUGAGCUGAGUGCGGGUGGCGACUCUCAUAAGAGCCGGCAUCGUGCUUUUGACCAGCGGAAUGGUGGCAUAGGAGACAACGAUCUGCAAAACCUGCGCCGGCUCACUUCAACGGCUAGUUACCACUCCACCGCGACAACUCGAUUCUCUUCCAAUGCAUCCACUGUCAACCGCAACCAUUCGCGGAACCCUUAUCCAUAUCCCGAAGAUGAGGCUGACGAGAGUGACCCAGAGGCAGCCGCAGGCUUGAUGGCAAUGCAGCAGGCAGAUGAGGACGACCGCCGCCUAAGCGGGGGCAUGUCGUUCCCAUUGUUCAGCCAGCCAGAAGUCAGUCUGCCUGCCAUGCCAAACUUGCCUGAAGAGCCUAGCAGCGAUAGUGACUAUGCUGCGAUGGAUCUCGGCUUGUUCAGUGGUGGUUAUGCAGGCAACCUGACCUAUGAUAACAAUCUAGCAACGCCUGAAAACGAUGUUUACCCGCAGGACAAAAGCAGUACAUACCCGGCAUUUGAGCAAGCCGACCUCGACUAUGGAGGCACUGGUGGGUUGCAGGCACCAAGCGCCCAUCGUUUGAGUUUCGACGAAGGCGACGAGCGUGUUUCGUUACACUCGCGACAAAGCGGGAGUGAUUCGCCAUAUAAGGAAGACUAUCCCGAUAUGUUCUAUCAUCCAGGAUUGUCUAACCGGCCACUUCCUGCGAUUCCUGCCAAUCCAAACUCUGAUAGUAGUUCCAUGCUGUCCGUGCAAUCGCCUCACCGCGGCAGCCAACAUGGAUACUCCCUCAGCACCGACUCUCGGCCAUACUCUGGGCCAGAUGCCUACUACGGCCAAAAUGCUCAGCAAUUACAACACCUCCCCCAAGUACAAAUACCCAAUCGUUCGAGGACGGAUGCAGAGGCCAAUCGUAUGAAGCAUGCGCGGCAACAACAGCAGCUAUCCGCACAGCAAGGCUUACCAAAUGAAAAUUACGAUGCUGCUAGCGCCUCGUCUAUAAACUACGAUGUGAUUACACUGCCAAGUGGAAGGAGGAAGAAGUUCAUCCCAGAAAAGAUAACGAGUGUUGACACGAGAACAUGUAUUGAACCAUGGGCUCUUAGUGGUAUCUCAAAAUGGCUUCGGGAAAUGGCCGAAGGGGAGCCAGAUUUAAAGAUCAAGACGGUCGAGGAUGGGCUUGUCCGCUUGUUUUGCUCCAAGGUUCCAACGAUGAACGUUGCUGAUGCCGAAGGUCUGAGUACCACCGUCGUUGAGCUGAUGCUCAAGGCUGGCAUUUUGGUUCCGGAGGAAGAGUGGUUGAAGUUCGGGCCUGGCAGCAUCACUGGUGUCAUAUGGCAACUUACCGGGACAGGCUGUUACGCUCCCAAACUGCACGAGGUCGAUGACGAGGCUGCCACGCACGAAGUUUUCGGUCGUUGCUAUUCGCAUUAUUGCGGCCGGACACUAAAGAAGGCUAAUCUGGAUGACGUGCUUGGGGAUGGUGUCAAGAAGGUCGACUGGGCAACAUAUUACAACCUGAAGGCUCAAGAUGUGGAGGCCAAGACCAAGAAGGAGAUCGAGCGCCAGAAUAAUCUUCAUGAGAUUAUCACCAGUGAGGAGGACUUCAUGGGUCAGCUUGACGUUUUAGCUGUUUUGUACCGUGAUCGACUGCUGAAAACUCAGCCACGUAUCAUUGCGGAGAACAGGGUCGAUAGGUUCGUUAAUGCCGUAUUCGGAAAGAUUGAUGCCCUUCAGCAAAUCAAUAAGGAUCAUCUGUUGGCACAAUUGAAAUACCGGCAGAAGGAGCAGGGCCCUUGGAUUGUCGGAUUCAGCGACCUAUUCCGAGAAUGGAUUCGAAAAGCUAAGGUGGCUUACAUCGAAUAUGCUUCUGCAUAUCCGUAUGCUACAUACCUCGUCAGGAAAGAAAAGGAUCGAAACUACAUGUUCAAACAAUUUUUGGAGCAGAAUCGGACGCAUGCUCGGUCGCAGAAGCUAGACUGGACGACCUUUCUGAAAGCACCAAUUACUCGGCUUCAGAGGUAUAACCUUCUUCUAGGAACCAGCAUGAAAAACAUGCUUGAGGAUAGUGAAGAGAAGACAAAUCUGAUCAAGGCUAUGGAUGAGAUCAAGCAGGUUGUACUAGAAGCUGAUGCAAAGGUCGACGAGAUGACUAAGAAGGUUACCAUGAUUGAGCUCGAUCAAAUGCUCGUUUUGCGUCCAGGAUUCCAUGCAGACCUCAACCUUGACCAUCUUGGCCGCGAGUUGAUAAUUCAAGGUGAUCUGCAAAGGAUGGGCUCGAAGGGUGUACGAUGGGUCGAUACGCAUGCUCUGCUGUUUGAUCACUACCUGAUCCUGUCAAAACUCGUAGCGGCCAAAGAUGGGCGGCCGGACAAGAAGUACGAUGUGUCAAAAGAGCCCAUUCCGAUGCCACUUUUGUUCCUCGAGAGCAGUCAAGACGAGCCAGUCUCUAAGCAGAAGGGCAUCGCUGCCCCCUUGACUCGUGCGGCAAACUCAGCCACAGACAUAAGAAAGGGCUCGGAUCCCAGACUGAACAAGCCUGGUACGCCAUACGCUAAUGGGGACCGACCCGGCUUAGAGCACGCAGCCACGAACUCAUCUAUAGGUUCAGUUGCAGUCACUAGGUUAGCACCGACGAAUUCAAACGACAGCGAAGGCAAGAUUCUCUGGCCUUUCCGAGUCAAGCAUCUAGGUCAUGAAGUAUAUACUCUAUUUGCGCCAUCUUCACAGGCGCGGCAGGAAUGGUGCGACAAAAUCAUCGAAGCUAAAACACGACAUGCAAAGGCCCUUCAUGCACAGAAUGCUGAGCCAUUCCGCCUUCGUGUCGUUGCCGAUAGUGCCUUUGGAUAUGACUCUGUUUCCGCUAUGGGCAAGUAUGUCAGUGGUGUUCACAUUCGCAACACGCCGCUUGAUCGAGCAAUUCGUGACCUCGAGAAGACAUUUGGUCCAGGCCGUGGCCCACCGCCAGUAUCUCGGGCUCCAGUCAAUUGCGCAACAGGCUUCUCAGCCUAUGGAAAGAAUAUGAUCGCGGUAGGCACAGACGCCGGCGUCUGUGUGGCCGAGGCUGGUGAUCAGAGAGGCUGGCUAAAGACCACUGCUCUUUCUAGAGUCACGCAAAUAGCAGUGCUAGAGGAAUUCUCCGUUGUUCUUGUUCUGGCAGACAGGAGUUUGAUCUCCUACCCAUUGGAUGUCAUUGCACCUCCUUCUAACUUCCCUGCCCCUGCAGGCGACAACGUACGACGGUCGCCACAAAGAUUGGCUAAAGAUGUAUCUUUCUUUGCAACGGCCCGUAUGAAGGAUCGUAUGCUUGUAUUUUACAGAAAGAAGGAGGGCCUUCACAGCACGUUCAAGGUUUUGGAGCCUGUUUUUCAAAAGUCCACUGAACGGAAGACUCGCUUCUUCAAGAGUGGCAAGGGUUCAGGAUCUACUGAGACGUUCCGUGAAUUCGACGACUUCUACUUGCCGACAGAAUGUUACUCGAUCAACCUUUUCAAUAUGUACAUCGCCAUCUCAACCGCUAAAGGUUUCGAGCUCAUGACGCUGGACAAGAAGAUCCCCAUGAGCAUACCGGAUGUCAAACAACCUGCCAUAGCUAACAUCGCCAGCCGCAUCCGGGACCAGAAGCCCUUGGGAAUGUUCCGUCUCAACACUCAAGAAUUCCUUCUCGCGUAUGAGGACUGCGCUGUCUAUAUCGACAAACACAGUGAUGUAAGUCGUUCCGUCAUCAUGGAGUACAGUGGCAAGCAGAAGAAGGCCAAAGGUGCCACAAUGUACGGCCAGUACCUUUUGCUAUUUAAUGAGGAUUAUGUCGAAGUACGCAACGCCGAAAAUGGCAGAUUGAGGCAGAUCAUCGCGGGCAGGGACGUUAGAGUCCUCGACUAUGGUGUUAGGGGUCCGACUGGUGGUUUUUACCAACCGAGCAAUGGGCAUGAUGCAAUAGCCAAUGGAGGAGAGCUUGGCCUUGCUUCAAAGGGCACUGUCAAGAUUUGUAUGGCGCAUCCGGAGGUUGCAGGACAACAGAUCGUGCUAGAAAUGCUCCUUAACAAUGGGCAUUCGGAGAAGGUAUGA